AUGCGGUCGCUCAUUCUUGUACUCAGGGGAGUUCUCCUGUUCUUCCAAUUGGUAACUUCAAUAUCGACUCAUCGCACCCCUGAAAACAGUUUCCUGGCCCGUUCAUUGCUGAACUUCCAGAUCUUUCUCUCGUAUAAAGAAGUGAGUUCGGCCUGUUCAGCAGUUGAACGCACAGUUGAUCAUGUGAAGGCAAAUAUCUGCGAGACUACACCUGGAGUCAAAUCGUAUUCUGGAUAUGUUCACAUUCCUCCCAACCCCGACGAGGGACGAACCUAUCCAAUAAAUACCUUUUUCUGGUUCUUUGAGGCUCGCAAAGAUCCAUCCAAUGCGCCGUUGUCUCUAUGGAUGCAGGGGGGCCCUGGAGCACCCUCUAUACCUGCAGCUCUCGGUGAGAAUGGCCCUUGCAAGGUCGGACGAGACUCCAAGAGCACAGUGUUGAAUCCCUGGUCCUGGAACAAUGAAGUCAAUAUGCUCUACUUAGAUCAGCCUGUUCAAGUCGGCUUCUCUUACGACUCUCUGAUAAACGGCACCAUCGAUGAGUCUGCGUCGCCUUUUCUAGUGACUCCCUUCAAUGCAACACACGGCGGUCCGAAGUUGAAUGCGACACACCUUGCUGGGGUCUUUCCAUCUCAGAAAACUUCCAACACGGCAAACACUACUUCAACGGCCGCUCUGGCAGCAUGGCACUUCAUGCAGAUUUGGAUACAUGAAUUCCCUAAAUAUAAACCGAAGGGCAAUAAGUUCAGCAUCUGGUCUGAAAGCUACGGUGGACAUUACGGGCCCACAUUCUCUGAUUUUUUUGAGUCACAAAAUCGCCGCAUUGAGGAUGGCAGUCUCAACAAGGCUUCUGCUGUUCCGUUGAAUCUGGAAACUGUUGGACUUGUCAAUGCUUGUAUCGACAUCCUCACACAAAUGCCGACUUAUCCAGAGUUUGCUUACAACAACACCUAUGGCAUCCAAGCCAUUAAUGAAAGCCAGUACCAGUUUGCCGUUGACAGCUUCCCAGAGUGCCGUACGCUUGUUCAAGCCUGUCAUUCGGUUGCGGACAAAUUCGAUCCCUUGGCAUUGGGGAAUAACUCAACCGUGAACAAAGCUUGCCAGGACGCCUAUGACUUUUGCUUCAAGACAAUGUGGAGUCAUUACGACGGAACAAAGCGCAAUGUUUUUGACAUCACUGCUAAGAUUCCUGAUGCGUUCCCGCCUAAGCUUGCAGCUGGGUACCUUAACACCAAUGAAGUGCAAAAGGCACUUGGUGUACCACUUAAUUUCACGGGUUACUCACCUGCUGUGAGCGAAGGUGCGUAG